AUGGAUCCUCAACACCCCACUGAAGGUGAUUUGAACAAUACCGCCGACAGAUCUGCCGAUAAUCAUGUCAUCAACCCAUCAUCUUUAGGUGAUGACUUGGUUAACAUUUUCGAUAUGUUGGCUUCUUUUCCUAUAACCGCCAAUCAACUUGAUAUCCCCGACGAUGGACAUGUUGGUUUUGAUGCAUUAAUGGAGGAAUUGAUGAGGAACCAAGAAAGAAACAUUAGACAAGUCCAUGAUGAUAUUGGUAGGUUUGUGCAACAAAUGACGACGACGGCCACCCAAAAUGAAGAUUUGACGAUAACGAACGAUGAAAAUGAAAGUCAGAGAUUGACCAAUCCUGCAACUGAGUCAUCCAUUGAAGGAUUGGAGAAGUUGAUUGUUGAACAGAAAGAAGGAAGCUCAAUGGCGAAGUGUGAGUGUCCUAUUUGUUUUGAAGAUUUCUCCAACGACAAUGAAGCCACUCGUAUGCCUUGCUCCCAUUUGUUUCACACAAAAUGCAUCACUGGCUGGCUUCAUACUCGCAAUACUUGUCCUCUUUGUCGAUUUCAAAUGCCUACAGCUAAUGACAAUUGA